CAGAAUUAAUUCUAAAAAAUACGAAGAGAGGUCAGCAAGAGAAACCCGGCUGUCUAUUUCCGGUCUCUUUCAUCCAAGAUGGGGCCGAAAGCUCGCAAGGAAGCUCUGCGUAAAACAGGCAAGAAGGGGCCCGCGCAGAAUGAGCCUGCAGCAAAGGUGGAGGCCAGAGCCAAGCAGGAGGCUAAGGCCAAGGCCAAGAGUGAUGCACUCAAGGCCAAGAAGGCUGCCCUCCGCGGCAACAUUGCCACCCGCAAGAGGAAGGUUCGCAAGCAGGUAACCUUCAGACGGCCCAAGACCCUCAAGACUCCCAGGAAGCCCAAGUACCCGCGCAAGAGCGUGCCCAAUCGGCCGAAGCUUGACCAGUUCACCAUCAUCAAGUACCCUCUGACCACGGAGAGUGCCAUGAAGAAGAUCGAGGAGAACAACACGCUGGUCUUCAUCACCGCCCUCAAGGCCAACAAGUUCCAGAUCAAGACAGCCGUCAAGAAGCUGUACGACAUUGACGUGGCCAAGGUCAACACACUCAUCAGACCCGAUGGGCAGAAGAAGGCCUAUGUCAGACUGGCUCCAGACUAUGACGCCUUGGACAUUGCAAACAAAAUUGGCAUCAUCUAAACCACUGGAACAUGGCAGUUUCACCUCCUGGGCCAUGGGAUUUAGAAACCUCCUCAGUUAACUAAAAUUUACCUGAAAACGCAUGUAAGAGUCAUUCAGUAAUGUCCCAUAGUGUACAAUAAACCCACUCACAAGCGGUGGAACGGAAGAAAAGA